GCAUUUCCGCGACACAAACAUGUUCCGUGUACGAAUCCGUGCCCGGAUAACUGACUCCAAAACAAAACGCUGAAUUCCCAUUAAUUGUUUGCAACGCCAAAAUGGUGACUUCUUUGGUAAGCAAAUGAAACUACCAACUUAAAAAACCAACAAAUAUAUAUUCCUACCCCGUCAAGCCGUGUCCGCGUACACGACCUUGUUAUAUAAGAAAGACGACAAUCAAAGCAUAUGAUCACAGUCACACCCCUCAAUCCCAAUCCAAAGCCCAAGCCAAAGGCCUCUCAAUCUCGAUCAUUUUUCCUUGUUUUCUUGGCAUUGUUCCCUUUGAAUUGCAUCGCCAUGUCGGAUUCCGCUGCCAAAACCCUCGACUCUGAGGCUCUCUCUUCUGCUCCGGCGGCUUCGGUUCAAAUUGUGUACACUGAGAAGCCCCACGACGAGGAGCCUGAGGCUUACCACAUCAGAACCCUAUCUGCUGUCCUUGGAAGUGAGGAUGCUGCGAAGGAAGCUUUGGUGUACAGUUACAAGUCCGCAGCUAGUGGGUUCUCUGCUAAGCUUACUCCAGAGCAGGUUGCUGAAAUUUCAAGGUUUUGAUUUGCGGUGGCUUUUGGCAUGUUUCCUGAUAGAUGAGAAGCAACCCGGUGUUCUUCAGGUUGUCCCUGACAGGAAACUUCAACUCCAUUCAGGACCAAAUAGGCUGCAGUAGAGUAGAGUAGAGUUGAGGAUAAGCAAUUUCUAUAUGGUUCUCCAAAACAUGUGCCUGUUCCUAAACCGAUUAUGACAAAUAUGAAAUAUGUGGGUUCAGAAUAUCCAUUAUAUAUUAUUACAUAUAUAAGCUCAAACCAAUUGGCUAGGA